CUCAGUCGCCAAACAUUUGCUGCUCUGCAGGAAGCGCCCAGCGACACACCGGCCGCCACGAUGAAUCCCUUCCGACUCUUGGCGGAUUUAUCCCAUCUGCUCUCCAUCCUGAUCCUUCUGCAUAAAAUGAAGACUUCGAGCAGCGCUUCUGGCAUCUCGUUCAAAUCGCAAUUUCUCUACCUGAUUGUCUAUCUCACGCGUUACGUCGACCUCCUGUGGACCUUUUACGAGCCGUCGGCUCUCUACAACACGGUUUUCAAAAUCGUCUUCAUCAGCUCGUCGGCGUACACUGUGUACCUGAUGCUCAAUGACUACAAACCGACGCACGACCCGAACCUGGACACUUUCAAGGUGCAGUAUCUGCUGGGAGCGAGCGCUGUGUUGGCGAUAUUGUUUCCGUACAAGUACACGUUCUCGGAGAUUCUCUGGGCUUUUUCCAUCUGGCUGGAGUCGGUCGCGAUUCUGCCCCAGCUUUUCAUGCUACAAAGGACGGGCGAGGCCGAGACAAUUACGACGCACUAUCUUUUUGCGCUGGGCGCGUACAGGGCGCUGUACAUUCCCAACUGGAUCUACCGCUACUUCUUCGAAGUACCCCGGUUUUACGACCCAAUUGCUGUGAUUGCUGGCAUCAUCCAGACUAUUCUCUACUCUGAUUUCUUCUACAUCUACUAUACCAAGGUCGUCCAAGGCAAGAAGUUCAACUUGCCCGUAUAGAGGAUUGUCCGCGAACGCUGCUCUUUUCUGCUGCCGGCGGCCGAAUUCGGCGUCAUUUUGGCUUCGUGUACUGGCAUAACUGCUUGGGGGGCGUUUAAUGGGCAUUUUGACAGACGGACAGGGGUUGGACCAUGGUUAGGUAUGCGUUUGCGGUGGCUCCUUGGAUGGGUGUUGCGCAUGUCCGGAGACGCACCAAGAAAAAAGGGUAGACGGCGCUUGUAGGAAGAUACCAAUGAAACGAUGUUGAC